GUGACUCGAGCCCGUGUCGUGUGAAUGUAACGGACACUGUGAGGGAAAAGGCAUUACACGUGUAAAGGUUGUAAUAUAGGCGUAUGAAAAGUAAAGUGGUUCUGACAUGCAAGAGUACAAUAGGGUUGACAAUGUUUAAUCUGUAAGCGGUUUAACUCGGUGUGACAGAGUGAGCGGCUCGUAUUUCCAUAUUCAUCAUGGCGAGUGUUCCAGCGCCCGCAUCGGCCACGAGCGCUCCAUCUCUCAAGGGUACAGGUGCAGAGGUCUCAAGCAAUGGCCUGGUUGACAACAUCCACAGCUUCAAGGCGUCCGACCUGGAAAUCGAUCUGGCUCAGACCCAGAAACCCAAACCGGACCUCACAGGCCUCGCAUUCGGUACCGUGUUCACAGACCACAUGUUAGUGGUGGAGUGGAACAGCCAGGUCGGAUGGCAGAGGCCCCGGAUCCAGCCCUUCGGAAACCUGUCCAUCCACCCGGCCUGCUCCGCCCUGCACUACGCAGUACAGUUGUUUGAGGGGAUGAAAGCGUACAGGGGUGCAGACAACAGGGUGCGUCUCUUCAGACCAGAGCUCAACAUGAACCGCAUGCGGAAGUCUGCACAUAGAGCCUGUCUGCCGGGCUUUGACAGGGCUGAGCUUCUGGAGUGUAUCAAGAAGCUGGUGGAGGUGGAUGAGGAGUGGGUCCCCCACUCAGACUCCGCCAGCCUCUACAUCCGCCCCACCUUCUUAGGCACAGAGCCUUCUCUGGGUGUAAAGAAGCCGUCCCAGGCUCUUCUCUAUGUGAUCCUCAGUCCCGUGGGCUCCUACUUCAGCACAGGGGCCAAGCCUGUGUCCUUGUGGGCCGACUCCAAAUACAUACGCUCCUGGAAAGGAGGCACGGGGGACUGCAAGAUGGGAGGGAACUACGGAGCCUCCAUCUUUGCUCAGUAUGAAGCGGUGGAUUAUGGGUGUCAGCAGGUCCUCUGGUUGUAUGGGGAUGACCAUCAGAUCACUGAAGUAGGCACCAUGAACCUCUUCCUCUACUGGACAAAUGAGAAAGGAGAGGAGGAGCUGGCAACACCCCCCCUGGAUGGCAUCAUCUUGCCGGGCAUCACUCGACAGAGUAUCCUUGAGCUGGCACAGAAAUGGAGAGAGUUUAAGGUGUGUGAGCGCUACCUGACCAUGUCGGACCUGCGCCAUGGACUGAAGGAGAACCGGGUCAAGGAAAUGUUUGGUUCUGGUACCGCCUGUGUGGUCAGUCCGGUUGGACGGGUUCUGUACCAGGGAGAGAACUUGCAGAUCCCUUGUCAACAGGAGAACUCCCUGGCCUCCAGGCUAAUGAAGGAGCUGACAGACAUACAGUAUGGGCGCACGCUGAGUGAAUGGAGCCUCCUGGUGUAGCCUGGGGUUUCUGAAGAUGGGAGAGGUGGACCUCACAGUUAUGGAACCAAGAAGCAGUCACAGAUACACAGACAAGAUCCACACGUGCACAUGCACAAACACACACAUAUAGACACAAACACACAUAAACUCUCGCGCACACACACACACA